AUGUGGACGGCUGUGCCGCUACUCUUGCUCCUGACGUCCGCCGUUAGUGCCCUCGCCACACCGGCAAAAACCGUACCACCACAAGUGGUUGCGCACUUCGCUAUAGAGACCCCAACUCCAACGACUACAACGCCAGUCCGUGAAAUACGCCGUGAAUUCUCGAUCUCUAUUCCUCCAGUUUCCAUACCUCCGGUGUCUAUACCUCCAGUCUCUAUCCCAAGCAGAACGAAAUAUUCGCAUGUGAACACAUGCACGCCGACGAUCGCCCCCGACAAGAACGGCUGGGUACCACCAUCAGAAUGCAAUUCACUCUACAACUAUUACCCUUCAUUUGCCGCCGCAAUUGCAUUUGCUGUCCUGUUUGGUGUGAUAAUGGUGACACAUUUUGUCCAGGCUACUAUUUAUAAAGCUGGAUUCGUCUGGGUUGUCCUGAUGGGAGCUACUUGGGAAUGUGCGGGAUUCGUGACACGGUCGCUUGGUACACGCGACCAGCAGAGCUCUGGUCCUCCGUCCUCAAGGAUCCCUUUAUGCUACAAGACAUUCUCUGACCACCAUCAUACAAUAGGGGUUAAUGCCUUUGACUAUAUGGUCCUUGCCCGCAUGAUUCAUUUCUUCCUUCCAAGUCGGUCUAUUGGUAUCUUCAAGCCAGCCCUACUGGCGAAAAUUUUUGUGGUUCUGGAUUUUGGGGCCUUCGUCAUUCAGCUUGUCGGUGGCGGCAUGGCCGGUCCUGGCCAAAACCCUGAGGCAGCUAUGAGAGGCAUCCAUAUCUAUAUGGGCGGUAUUGGGAUCCAGGAAUUUUUCAUCCUUCUUUUCCUCGUCCUUGCCAUCCAGUUCCAUCGCCAAAUGCUCCACCUCGAGCGUACUAGAAGGUUGUCAGGCAUGAAACUGAAGUGGAGACCUCUCCUGUACUCGCUAUACAUCAGUCUUCUCUUCAUCACUAUUCGUAUCGUUUACCGGCUAGUGGAAUUCUCAUCUGGACAUACUGCAUCCAACCCUAUUCCAUACCACGAAUGGUAUAUAUACGUCGAGUUCGAUGUGGAUGCAUUGAAAGUCAUUGCUGCAAAGGCGGUUGACCGCCAGUCGACCAUAAGUAUCAAAAAGCUGGCAGAAGGAGGGUUCAAUAGAGUGUUCAUUCUUACUAUGGAUGAUGGAUUUGAAGUCAUUGUGAAAAUCCCAUAUUUAUUAACCGUCCCGCAAAAACUCACCACCGAAAGCGAGGUUGCAACUUUGGACUUCUUACGCGAAACUGGCAUCCCUGUUCCUAAGGUAUACUCCUGGUCAUCGGACAAGGAGAAUGACGUUGGUACCGAGUAUAUCAUCAUGGAAAAGGCUACGGGGAAGCCCUUGACGGAUCGCUGGUUUGAUUUAACGCCUAAGGAGAGGUUGAAGCUAGUGACCAGCUACGUUGAUAUUGAGAAGAAGCUGUUCUCCUUUCCCUUUGGCGCCCACGGAAGCCUGUACUACAAAGAUGCGUUGACGCAAAAUCUCAAAGCUAGGUUAUACCCUCCCAGUGAAUCAGAGAAUGAUAGCCGCUUCUGUAUUGGGCCUAUUACGGAUUACAUGUUUUGGCGUGGCCGACGUGCUGGAUUUGAUUUAGAUCGAGGGCCUUGGAGAGAUCACUGUCAAUACUUGCAAAGUAUUGGUCGGCGGGAGCUAGAAUGGACAGAAAAAUUUGGGAAACCCAUGAUGAAUGAUUUCCCUCACAAUGCACUCGAGGGCAUGCCAAUGGAGAUCCCACACGAUAUCUACAUCGAUUUGCUCAAAAAAUAUCUCUCGUUGGCACCUUAUAUAUUGCCGGAGGAUCCUGCAGACCCCGUAAAUAAGCCAACAUUGCGACACCCAGACCUUAACCCAAGCAACAUAUUUGUUUCUGAAGAAGGCGAGAUAUCUUGUCUUAUUGAUUGGCAAUACAGUACGAUCCUCCCACUCCUCCUAGUGGCAGGAAAUCCAUCGAUGUUUGACAAUCCUGACUCCGAGCCUCCAAAAAAUUUCGAGCAACCAUCUCUACCACCAGACUAUGACACCUUGGACGCAGAAGGAAAAUCACACGCCGAUGAUCUUCAUCGACGAAGGAUGUUGUUCUGGCUAUAUAUGGUCUUCAACGGAAGGGACAACAAGCCUCAUCUUAAGGCAAUCCAGUAUCCGAUGCUAAUGCCACGCCAGCAUCUAGCCGAGAGAGCAGGGCUUCAAUGGACAGGAAACUUCAUCACCUUAAAAGGCGCAAUCCUCAGGGUCAUUCUCAACUGGGACAUGAUUCUAGGGAAACGGGCUGGAACCGUCAAGUGUCCUGCCCGCUUUAGCAAGGAGGAGGAGGAACAGUUUUAUGCGCUAGAAGAGCAGUGGUUCCAAUUCAACAUUUUAACCGAGCACUGGCACUCGAAUCUAGACGAUCUAGGCCAGGACGGGUGGGUUAGAAAUGAAUCGUACGAUAAAGUUGUCGCCUUGAACAAUGAAUAUAAGGAGGAAUGGCUGGCUAGGGGAGAGGAUGACGAUGACCGACUCCUGGUUGAGAAGGGUUGGCCGUUCCAAGACCACGAGGAGGCGGACUAA